CUCUCUCUCGCUUUCGUCUGCCAUUAGCAUUCGACUUGGAGCUCCAAAGUAUCGAACUUUGCUCAUAAUUAAGCUCCGGUCGUGAUCUUUCUUCUUUUGGGCAUACAAUAGAACAUGAAAGAUUUCGUCCUUGUCGCAUUUCUGGCGCUGUGGAGCACCUUAGUGGUCGUGCCAGCUUCCUCCCUCUCCAAAGACCAAUUCCGCGGAAUUGCACCCGACGAUGAGAAGUAUUACAAGUCGUCGGACGUAAUCAAAUGCAAGGACGGAUCCAGGAAAUUCACCAUAGCUCAGCUCAAUGACGACUUCUGCGAUUGCCCUGAUGGUUCUGAUGAACCAGGAACAUCGGCAUGCCCCAAUGGGAAAUUCUACUGCAGAAAUGCAGGACAUGUUCCAGUGAUGUUGUUCUCUUCGAGGGUCAAUGACGGUAUAUGCGACUGCUGUGAUGGGAGUGAUGAGUAUGAUGGUAAAGUGAAGUGUUCAAAUACAUGUUGGGAAGCCGGAAAAGUGGCUAGGGAUAAGUUGAAGAAGAAGAUUGCAACAUAUCAAGAGGGAGUGACCAUUCGCAAGCGAGAAGUUGAACAAGCUAAAAUAUCUCUGGAGAAAGACAAGCAGGAGCUAUCGAGGCUGAAAGAUGAGGAGAAGAUACUGAAAGGCCUUGUUCAACAGCUUCAAGAGCGUAAAGAACAAAUUGAGAAGGCAGAGGAGAGAGAGCGCCUACAACGAGAAAAAGAAGAGAAGGAAAGAAAAGAAGCUGAGGAGAAAGCUGAGAGGGAGAGGAGAAAAACUAAUGUGGAAGCUGGGGAGGAGAACAAAGAAGCAGAAAUAAGAACUGAAAAGGAGGGCGAAGACACAACAAGUCCAGAUAAUGAUAAAAUUGGGCUCCUGGAUGAUUCCCCCCUUGAUCAGCAGAAUGAAGUAGACGACUUGCCAAAUGAAGGACAAGAGACUGAUACUGCUGUAGUUGAAGACCCACAUCCUAAUGAGGAAGAGCAGCAUGCCGAUGGAGACAGGGCAUCAGUGCCAACUUCUCACAAGAAAGAGCCCGCGGUUGCAUCUGAAACUGUUCUUGAAGCUGGAGUGGAACCUUCCGAUCAAAUCCCAGCUGAGGGGAUUGUUGCAUCUGAUAACACCGAGGGCCUUUCAAAGGAAGAAUUGGGUCGGUUGGUUGCUUCUCGUUGGACAGGAGAGCAAGUUGAGAAGGGGGAAGGUGGAUCCUCCGGAACUCAUGACCCUGAAAAGAUGCCAAAGGAUGCACAUGAUGAAGAAGGUGUUACCUAUGCUUCAGAAAAUGACGAUGAUGAUGAUGAAGAUGAAGAUGAUGAUGAUCGAAAGUAUGAAUAUGGUGAUCUUGAAGAUGACAUGCCCGAAGACGUGCCAGAGGACAAUUAUGGAGAUUCUGGCUCUUCUUACGACUCCAAACCGAAUGAUGACACAGAUUUUUCAGAUGUGGACACGCCGAGUAACCCUUCUUGGUUGGACAAGAUAAAACAAACUGUGCAAAAUGUUCUCCAAGCAGUUAACUUGAUCAAGCAGACUCCUGUGGAUAAAUCUGAGGCCGCCCGGGUACGCCAAGAGUAUGAGUCGUCCAGUACUAAGUUAUCUAAAAUACAGUCCAGAAUAUCCACCUUGUCGGAAAAGCUGAACAACGAUUUUGGGCCCGAAAAGGAGUUCUAUUCGUUCUAUGGACGCUGUUUCGAGAGCAAACAAAACAAGUACACGUACAAAGUCUGCCCGUUCAAAGAAGCAACCCAGGAGGAGGGCUACUCAAAGACUCGACUAGGGGAAUGGGAUAAAUUCGAAAAUUCCUACAAGGUCAUGAUCUUUGCGAAUGGUGACAAAUGCUGGAAUGGGCCAGAUAGGAGUUUGAAGGUUAAGCUAAGAUGCGGACUGACAAAUGAGGUGACUGACGUAGAUGAGCCAAGUCGUUGCGAAUACGUAGCGUUGCUAUCAACUCCAGCUCUUUGUUUAGAAGAGAAACUCAAGGAACUGCAGCACAAGCUCGAGUUGAUGAAUAAAGAACUACCACAAGAACAAGGACAUGAUGAACUUUAAGGUGUCGGAGGUAUAUAUUGUCCCAACAAUGCUGACUGAUCAUCUCGACAGCCUCUUCAUUUUCAAAAGGCGGUAGACACCGGGACGAGUAUGCAAAUGCUUCUCCUUUAGACUUAAUUGCUGCCUGAAAAGCCCUUGAUUGUGCUGUUUUUCUUGAAGCAAAGACGAGAGAUACAUAAUAGGACCUAGCAAGUUACAGAAUUUUGCCCAGACAAAUCUGAUUUUUUCCGCAUCAACUAUUGAGUUGUAGGACUUGCAACCGAACGUCACUUCUAGUUGAGCUUAAAUAGCACAGUAUGUACCGUUACAAUUAAACUGAUAAUUCAUUUCUUGUUAUCAGUC